AUGCAUCACUACUCAAUUGAGAAGAAUUUCCAGCCUUUCCCGCCAAGUAACCUGACCCCACUCACCCCUCAAAUACUGGGGGAAAAUCACGAUCCCGAGAAAAACCGGACCAAGGCAACGAGGAGUCUGAAAUUGCAGGUUCGCAAUGCUCAAGAAUGGGUCAAGGCACAGAAGGGGAUGUCAAGAAGAGGUUCAACGCCAGGCACCGAUCUCCCGCCGCCCAGCUCGGUUGUGGCUGGGAAAGCCUUCCCCUGCUGUGCAAUGCGGUAA